AUGCGUCUCUCUAGCAUCAUUUUUUCCCUCGCGAGCCUAAUGGCGACCACAACUGCCCUGACGGUCAAAUCCACCAAACAAUGGACCAUCGGUACAGACAUCCAGGGUUCUGAACGACUUAAUGGUGUAAGCUAUCAAGAAGAUGCUCUCAUCACAUACGGCGACUAUCAAUAUGUAACCUUUUACGAAACUGCUCCAGCAGGCUACCUCAACCAUUUUGUCCGACUUGGUCGAAGAAAGAUUUCACCAAGCGUUGCGGAUUGGGAGUAUCUUACGCUUGAUGACUAUACUCAAAAGACGAUGGAUGGGCAUAACAUGAUUUCCAUGGGGAUUUCGGGUGAUGGAAAGAUUCAUCUUAGUUUUGACCAUCAUGAUGUACCCAUCAACUACCGAGUCUCGAAGGCAGGUAUCGCCAAGAACAUCCCCUCCAAAUGGUCUUCGGAACUGUUUGGUCCAGUUAUUCACUCGUUGGAUGGAUCGACAGGGCCUUAUUCACCUUUGACUUACCCUCGUUUCGAACCACUCCCAAAUGGUGAUAUGCUUCUCGAGUUUCGCAUUGGACAGUCUGGAUCUGGCGACAGUUACAUCCAUCGCUACAGCUCCUCCACAGGCAAAUGGCAAGCUCAAGGGAUGUACAUCCAAGGUGACGACAACAACGCAUACAUCAACGGACUUGACUACCUUGACGGAAAACUUUACACAUCUUGGACUGUACGAGAGACACCAAACGCUGACACCAAUCAUGGCGUCUAUUUUGCCUACUCCAAUGACGAUGGCAAGACCUGGCUCAACACUAAUGGCACCAAGCUUACCAAGCCUUUCUCGACUUCUGAUGCAAGCACUCUGAUUUGGGAUAUACCACAGAACAGUCGUAUGGUCAACCAAGAGGGUCAACUUGUCGAUACCAGGGGACGUUUCCACAUUCUAAUGAGGGAUUUGCUGUCUGGAGAACAUCUCUACCAGCAUUACCUACGAGAUACCAACGGAAAAUGGACCAAAAACGCGAUCAACCCAGCUGGUCUCAAUGGCCCUGACCUGUAUGAUCCAAGAGGCAAAUUCGCUGGAGACGCAUCAGGCGAAUACCUGUUCGGACUUCUUCCAGACCCGGUGAAGCAAGCUACAGGAAUCUACGUGGCAACAGCUUCCAAGGGUUUCAAGGACUGGGCAUCUCUGGCUGAAAUCCCUAACACGUCUACUGAGCCUUUAUUCGACAAGGCACGGCUGCAUGAGUUUGGUGUUUUGAGCGUAUUUGUGAGGCAGGCUGGUGGAUUCCCGGAUAGAAAGCUGCAGGUUUGGGAUUUCGAGUUGGAUCUAUAG